UCCCAUUUUCAUCACCAGAUUCAGAUUUUUGAUUUCGUGAACAAAGUCUCUAUCUCUUGUGUGAGAUUCAUUCAUGGGGUUUGAAAUGAAAACAGAGAAAGACGUUUUGAGUAAAGACCAAUGUAAAGUUAAAAGCCCUAAUCCAAACUCUGUUAAUUCACCUCAUAUCAAGAAGAAGAAGAAGAAGAAGAAGAAUAAGAGCAAGAAGACGAAGAAGACGUCGCCGCCACGGAAGAGGAGUGAUUCUCCGGCGGAUGAGAUCACUGCGGUGCGGCGGCUGUUUGAUACCUGCAAGGAAGUGUUCUCCGAUGGCGGUCCUGGAGUCAUUCCUUCUCUAGAUAAAAUCCAGCAGCUUCGUGACAUUCUCGACAACAUGAAACCAGAGGAUGUCGGAUUAACUCCGACCAUGCCGUAUUUCCGACCAGAUUACGGACCGGAGAGUAAGUCUUCGCCACCGAUAACGUACCUGCAUCUACACCAAUGCGAACAAUUCUCGAUUGGGAUUUUCUGUUUACCGCCUUCUGGUGUCAUUCCUCUUCAUAACCACCCAGGGAUGACGGUGUUUAGCAAGCUUCUCUUUGGUACAAUGCACAUCAAGUCGUAUGAUUGGGUUGUUGAUGCUCCAAUGUCAAUCUCAAUCGCAGUGAGAGAUUCGAAAACCCGGCUGGCAAAACUGAAGAUGGACUCGACGUUAACCGCACCAUGCAACGCCUCCAUUCUAUACCCGGAAGAUGGUGGGAACAUGCAUAGGUUCACAGCCAGAACAGCGUGCGCGGUUCUAGACGUGCUUGGCCCUCCUUACUGCAAUCCAGAAGGCAGACAUUGUACUUACUUCUUAGAGUUCCCUUUAGACAACUUCUCAUCAGAGGAAGAUAACGUUUUGAGAGGUGAAGUGGAGAAAGAAGGUCAUGCAUGGCUGCAAGAAAGAGAUGAUAAACCAGAUGAUCUUAACGUAGUUGGAGCUUUAUACACAGGCCCAAAGGUUGAGGACUGAGAGCUUUUUUUUUUAUCUAUUGCACUUACUUUUUCAGAUUUGGAAUCAGUUUUUUUCUCUUUUUUUUAUUGGACUUCUUAGUUUAAAUUCUUCUUUGUACAUAAAAAGGAAAGGGAAACGAGAAAAACAAUAUAUAUUUUCUAUUUUUAGUCUAAA